UAAACAGUAAUCACGUUACAACCCGGAAGAAUUGUCUUUCUCUGAUAAACGUUUGAAUAAACAAGUAUGAGCAAUUUGGUGUAGGUAAAGAUUCAUUAGGAUGCGUUUAACAAUGUUUGAUUAUCGUUAGAAAUAUUCAGGUCUUAAUCAUCGUCGGAUGAGAGAACAAAGCGACCGUGUACGUGUAGCAACGCCCUAAUGCCAACAACCUUAUCGGAAAACAAUAGCCCUGCUCUGUUUACAAAUCGGGUAAGAAUUGUCUCCCUGCGGUGUUGCUAAUCGUGCAGUUGUUGCAAGACGAAGGAAAUAUGGCUGAACUGCAUGUAGUUGAACCGAGUGGGACUAGCACUAUAGAACAAACCGAGCACCGUGAUGUCCGGGGCUCUGUGCGGCUGGCUUCGCCCACUCUCAUGAUACCCCCGCGGAACAACCUGCCUACUAGUCCCGGGAUGUCCAGCAACCCCAGCCGAUCAGUGUUUGGAUUUCCAGUAAGAAGCAGCCCAUCGUCCCCAAUAGAACCAGCGGACAAGAAAGGGUCGCGCUGGGUUCGCCUUAAUGUCGGUGGUACCUACUUCGUUACAACCAAGCAAACACUGUGUAGGGACCCCAAAUCAUUCCUGUUCCGACUGUGUCAAGACGAUCCGGAUUUGGAUUCUGACAAAGAUGAGACAGGAGCAUAUCUGAUUGACAGGGACCCCACAUACUUUGGUCCUAUUCUCAACUACCUUCGACACGGGAAACUGAUUAUGGAGAAAAACCUGGCAGAAGAUGGUGUUCUUGAAGAAGCUGAAUUUUACAACAUAGCUUCGUUGGUGAGGCUGGUCAAAGAGAGGAUACGGGACAACGAGAAUCGCACAUCUCAGGGACCCGUUAAGCAUGUGUACCGAGUACUGCAGUGCCAGGAAGAAGAACUCACACAGAUGGUCUCAACCAUGUCUGAUGGCUGGAAGUUUGAACAGCUCAUCAGCAUCGGUUCCUCUUAUAACUAUGGAAACGAGGACCAGGCAGAGUUCUUAUGCGUCGUCUCACGGGAGCUCAACAACUCCACCAAUGGCAUCGUCAUCGAGCCCACUGAGAAGGCCAAGAUUCUCCAGGAGAGAGGCUCAAGGAUGUGAAUAGGCGGUACCGGGACCUGUCAAGGGGCGUGAAGGUUUAUCAAGAAAAGGAACAACGCAACACGUGACAUUGUCUACAGUUUUAGCCACGAUUGAUCCGUUGACCUCCGCCUGCAGCCACCUUCACCUGCCACCGCCCCCCCCCCCCCACCCCUCCACUCCUCUGGUGUGCCUUUCCCCAAGCGCCCCACUCCAUACCCUCCUACCCCUCCACCUCCUCUACUCCUACUCCUCUACUCCUACUCCUCUACUCCUACUCCUCUUCCCCACAGCGCUUCAACAUUAACCCUGACUUGCGGUUGCAGCCUUGUUUUGUCUUUGAUUUUUUUUAGACCUUUUCUUUGUCACACGCCGUUGGAGUAUGGGGGAUAUUUCCUGCGGUACAAUGUCUCCAGAGUGUUGGUCCUCGGCAGCAUUCUGUCAUUUCUGAGAGGGCUUCGGAUUCCCGGUACGUCCUUGAAUCUUUGGUGCGGCCCUUAUUCUGAACCCCUCAGUUCAGGAGUCGCGGAGGACGGACCCCUCAUCACAGAGCUAAACCACGAUCCGGUCUUCAACAUCACCAUCCCCAUCACCACAUAGCCAGAACACGGAACGACAGGACCUUUUUUCGCCAGCCCAGUCAGUGUGCGUGGCUUUAAUCAGCUGCAAGAAAUCUGUGACUUAUCUCCUCAGGACUCUUGAAAGGACAAAAAAAUAAACAAAGGAAGAAAGGCAACAAAAGCAGACUGAGCCUUCCUCGCCACGAGAUUGUGUCAUUGUCCGGGGUGAGCUUCUAAGCACGCCAGCCCGAAGACCUGUCGAUGGUCUCAACGUGGCAUGGCAGCAGACAUCAUGGAAAGCCCAGAGGAGCUGGGUUCUGUGGGUGCUACAAAGCAGAUUCUCAUGUUGUUCCGCCCUCCAGUUCCUCGAGAUACGAGGAUGGGAAGGGAGGGGACUACUUGGUUGGUUGGACCUGAUUACAGGACACCCCUCUACCCGGUUUGCUGGGAACCCCUCUGUCCCCUCCGUCCCUCGUCCCUCGUCCCUCCACCCUUCACCAGUUUUACUUCCAGCCAUGCUCCCACAAACACCCCUUUCUUUCGUCCACUUCUGUACUGGGUUAUGAUUCCAUUCAAAUUCAUGCGGUGGACUGGAAAAUACCCCGAAAACGAACCUGUGUACAAAGGUUAAGGCAUGCAAGGAGUCUGUACAUAUAUACCACAGGAUGAAGAGGAACUUAAUGCAAGCGGUGUCAUGACUGAUUCCUGCGUCAUUUUCAUUUCAUAUCUGUGUAUUACGGUCACUGAUGCUAUUGAAAUACACACACACACACACACACACACACACACACACACACACACACACACACACACACACACA